CUUUACUUUCUCUCUCUGCUGCUGCACAUUGUGCAUUCACACACUCCCCCAUUUCCUCUCUCUGAAGAAAUCAAGUGAAAUGGGUACUCGAACCGGGUCGCACCAGCUGAGCAACGGGCUUAUUGUGUCGGGUCGACCCGAGCAGCAGCUCAAAGAGCGGCAGCCGACAAUGGCGUCACGCGCCGUUCCCUAUACCGGCGGCGACGUCAAGAGGUCCGGGGAGCUAGGCAAAAUGUACGGCGUCGACCUCUCCGGAGGGGACCACCACCACCACCACCCACCAACCGGCGGCCCGCCUAAGCUCCCCUCGCGACCACCCUCGUCUUCUCAGCACAACAGUGGAUCUGCGAGAUCCGGCCCGAAUUCCGGCCCUGUUGGCCCAAAAAACACUGGCUCCGGGCCUAUGAGCAAAAGAUCGUCGUCUUCUUCAUUCUCCGGGCCGAUGACGCCGAUUCAGCCCACCGGACUCAUCACCUCGGGCCCGCUGGGCACGUCCAGCUCGAAUCGUAGGUCCGGGCAGCUGGAUAACACAGCGUCCGCUCCGAGCUCGUUCAACAAGGCUACUUACGGCUCUGCCGUUACCAGCCUGGGGGAGGAGGUGAGAUUAGGGUUUAGGGUUUCGAGGGUGGCAAUGUGGGUGUGUUUGGUAGUGGUGGUGAUGGGGCUGGUGGUGGGGGCGUUUCUCAUGGCCGCAGUGAAGAAGCCGGUGAUUCUGGUGGCGGUUGUGGCGGUGCUGGUGCCUGCUGUGAUGAUCUUGAUAUGGAAUUACGCGUACCGAAAACACGGGGUCUUGGGAUUCUUGAAGAAGUAUCCGGAUGCCGAGCUGAGGGGCGCCAUAGAUGGCCAGUUCGUAAAGGUCACUGGGGUUGUGACUUGUGGCAGCAUACCUCUUGAAUCUUCUUUUCAGAGGAUACCGAGAUGUGUGUAUGCAUCAUCAGAAUUAUACGAAUAUAGAGGUUGUGGUGGAAAACCAGCAAAUGCUAAACAAAGGUUCUUCUCUUGGGGAUGCAGAUAUUCAGAGAACUUUGUUGCGGAUUUUUAUAUAUCAGACUUCCAGUCUGGUUUAAGAGCUCUAGUGAAAGCAGGCUAUGGAGCUAAAGUUGCCCCAUUUGUUAAACCGACUGUAGUAGUUGAUGUCACCAAAGACAACGAAAAAUUGUCUCCAAACUUCCUACGCUGGCUUUCUGACCGGGGUUUAUCAAGUGACGACAAUAUAAUGCGUCUUAAAGAAGGUUAUAUCAAAGAAGGAAGUACAGUGAGUAUCAUGGGAGUGGUUCGACGCCAUGAUAAUGUACUAAUGAUUGUUCCACCCACAGAGCCUAUCUCGACAGGCUGUCGUUGGCCCUGUUGCCUUCUCCCAACAUACAUCGAAGGCCUUGUUUUAACGUCCGAUGAGAGUCAAAGUGAAGAUGUGAUUCCUGUAUAGAUGGUCCGAAUUCUUUUUCUUUUCUUCUUUUUGUCUAAGGUUUGCAAGACACAAGUAAAUAGUGGAGUGUAUGACGUGAAGAAGUUUCCGGCCGGUCCACUGUGUAUUCUUUUCCUGGAUGAAGAGCAAUAUAUGUAUCUUGUAAGAUUAUCCAUCCGAACGGGAAAAAAGAGUUAUUAACCCGUUCAUCAAAUUUUUCAUGCCAUUGUAUAGAAGUCAUCUACGUUGCUCUUGGCCUGUAUCCCGAUUUCCCUUUUUCUGCAUAUAUAUGAUGGAUAUCGUUUUUCUUCUUCGACGUGUUCAAAUAUAAAAAUGUGAAUUUAAGA